AUGGCGGCGCAUUCAACAUUACCACGAGCGGAAGAUCCGCUCGUUGCUCUUUAUCGACGCUAUAUUCAGCUACUACGUGGUCGCCUGCAACGGACAUCCAAACCCAGCAAGAUACUCGCGACCCUCUCCUUGAUAAUAGCUAUCAUCGGAUCAAGCUAUGGCGGCUACAGUCUGCUACUCAAACGGUCCAAGGAACGUGCUCAAGGUAGACGCAUGCUGCGCAGGAAUUCGGGGUUGCGGGGAAAGGACGGAUCAAGAAUCAUAUAUGUGUCGUAUAAGGAUAAUAUGACCUCCAAGGUCACUAUACAUCCAACGAAACCGACCACAUUCGACGCCCAUCGAAGGUUAUUUCUAAAUCCUCCACGAGCCGCUGGAAUAGGGGGUGUCGACUCCAUCUCUUCGAUCCCUCCGCCGUCGACAAAACCAGGUUUGAACCUUGCUUUCUUGCACCAGUUUCUGAGUCUUAUGAGUAUCAUGAACCCGCGGUGGCACUCCAAAGAAACAGGUUUAUUGAUGAGCCAUGGUAUUUUCCUUCUACUCCGAACCUACCUCUCGUUAUUAGUUGCACGAUUGGACGGAGAGAUUGUUCGAGACCUAGUGGCUGGGAAAGGCCGCGCCUUCCUCUGGGGGUUGCUCAAAUGGUGCAGUAUCGGGACAUUUGCGUCGUAUACAAAUGCCAUGAUCCAAUUCCUUCAGUCCAAGAUAUCCAUCGCUUUCCGAACGCGCUUGACGAGAUAUAUCCAUGAUUUAUACCUGAACGAACAUCGAAACUACUAUAAAUUAACGAACCUUGACGGGGCGGUGGGUCAAGGAGCUGAUCAAUUCAUCACCCAAGACUUGACUCUUUUCUGCGCCUCUGCUGCAGCCUUGACUUCGUCCCUAGGUAAACCGACCGUCGAUCUGAUUUUCUUUACUUAUCAACUUUACCGUGGCCUUGGACCUCUAGCGCUUACUGGUAUCUUGAGCGGCUAUUUCACAACCGCCACUGUUCUCCGCAAGCUUUCUCCGCCGUUUGGCAAAUUGAAAGCCGUCGAAGGCAAGCGCGAAGGUGACUUUAGAGGACUGCAUUCGCGACUUUUGGCCAAUGCCGAAGAAAUCGCAUUUUACGGAGGCGCUGAUAUCGAAAAAGUCUUCUUGACGAAAAGUUUCAAGGAUCUCCAACGAUGGAUGAAAGGCAUCUAUAGCCUCAAGAUCCGCUACAACAUGCUCGAGGAUAUGAUCCUGAAGUAUGUGUGGUCUGCUUUUGGAUAUCUCAUGACGUCGAUUCCCGUUUUCCUUCCAGCAUGGGGAGGUGUCGGCGGUACUCAAGAGUUGAGCGACUUGACCGGGGAGGAUGUCCGGGAACGGGGCCGUAUGAAGGAUUUUAUUACCAAUAAGCGAUUGAUGUUGUCCUUAGCUGAUGCGGGAGGUCGAAUGAUGUACAGCAUCAAAGACAUUUCUGAACUGGCCGGUUAUACUUCUCGCGUCUAUACUCUGAUUUCUGCCUUGCACCGUGUGCAUGCAAAUGCUUACUAUCAGCCUCGUGGUACUCACCCUGAGCUAUUUUCUCUUUCUGAUGUCCAGGGUACUGUCCACAGUGGUUUUGAUGGCGUUCGCCUAGAGCAUGUUCCCAUCGUUGCGCCAUCGCUCUACCCACAAGGUGGAGAUGAGCUUAUCGAGUCCCUCUCGUUUAUUGUGCACUCCGGAGAGCAUCUUCUGAUUUGCGGGCCCAAUGGCGUGGGCAAGUCAUCCAUCGCGCGCAUUGUGGCUGGAUUAUGGCCAGUCUACCGGGGUCUAGUUAGCCGACCGAGGAACUUUGGCAUGGAUGGGGUUAUGUUCUUGCCUCAGCGACCUUAUUUGAGUGUUGGCACUCUCCGCGACCAGGUUAUUUACCCCCAUACCGAGGUCGACAUGCGCGAAAACGGGCGAACGGACGCAGAACUUGGCAAGAUCCUUGAAGAAGUUCACCUGGGAUAUCUCCCGUCUCGUGAAGGUGGUUUGGAUUGCCGUAAGGAAUGGAAGGAUGUCCUGAGUGGCGGCGAAAAGCAGCGCAUGGCAUUCGCACGAUUAUUGUACCACGAACCACGAUACGCUUUCAUUGACGAAGGCACCUCUGCUGUAUCAUCCGACGUGGAAGGAUUAUUGUAUGAACGGUCCAAGGAGAAAGGCAUCACGCUCAUCACAAUCUCGACACGCGCUUCCCUAAAGAAAUACCACACCUUCCAACUCACCCUUGGCCUUGGCAUGAGCGGUGACGAAUGGGGGUUCGACAGGAUUGGCACGGAGAAAGAGAAGAUGGGCGUUGAAAAGGAGCUGCAGGAACUACGGAAACGACUCGACAAUGUCGAGGGAUGGAAGCGCCGGAGAGAAGAGAUUGAGAAUGAGCUCAAUAAGGUGUGGGUAGUUUCAGGCGAACUUGCUCCCCCUCCUUAUCAGGAGUUGACUGAACAAGAGGUUUCAACUGAGCCAGAGACUCCAAGCGGAGAGGCAUGAGAUGUACUAUUAUGGCAGAACGAUAUGCUAGUCAGUGCUUAUUUUACCAGCAAUGACAUAUGGUCAUCUUGCUUAGUAUAUAUCACCUAUACUCAAUAACCUUCUUGUAUGCAUGUACUAUUGGCUUAGCUAGGGAUUUCUAAGUUAAAUGAAUCCUCGGAAUUGCGCAAAUUGAUGUAAUGUACAUAAUCAAGAAAUAAACUAGAUAGAGCAAAUUUUAACCCUAACC